AAACAACCGCAGCAGUUUGAUUUAUUUUUAAGACGAAAUUAAAAGCUUUUCCCCUACAAAUCUAGAAUUUCUCGCUAAUUAUUUUCACUACUAAAUAAACGAACAAGAACUUAAAAAAAAAUUUUUAUGAUGAUUAAAAUUCGAGAAGCAUUAGUCUAUGCUGCAAUAAGUAGAGCAUACGAACUAGUAGAUUACAAUGUACAAACCAAUUUGAACAAACGCCAUGAAUUUAGGAAGAAAACUAUCAUCAACGAUAAAACUCUUACGGAAGAUGAAAAACGGGUUGCAAUAAAUAAACUGAAUAAGGAUUAUGAUCAUUUUACGAUCUUAUUUAACAAUGGAGAAGGGAGGAUAUGUGAAGAUUGUUAUAAUGAAUGUUUAGCAAAAUCAUAUUGCGAAAAUUGUUUAAGAAAUUAUUUAAUAACAAAAUUUUCAGAUUGGUCAUCUGGAAAUAUUGACAUUGAUAAUCUAUUACAAAAAUGUCAAAUGGAGUCAUGCGCUCCAGAUAUGAUAGUUGAAUGGAUACCAUUCAAUAAAUUAGAAAAUAUUAUUUAUUUAACUAAAGGUGGAUUCUCCGAAAUUUAUACUGCGGACUGGACUGAUGGAUGUUAUAAUGAAUGGGAUCCCAUAAAAAAAGAGUUAAAGAAAUUUGGAGUGCAAGAAGUAAUACUUAAAAAAUUAGAAAUUGCUGAAAGUGAUGAUAGAAAUUGGUUUGAAGAAGUAUGUAAAAAGUUUUUUUUUUUAAAAAAAAAAUAUUUGUUAGUUUCUUGCUUAGAUUUUUAAUAUAUAUAUAUAUAUAUAUAUUUUAAAAAAAAAU